AUGACAAACCAAGUUGUUUUGAAGUAUGAAAAGCUAGAGAAAAUUGGAGAAGGUACAUAUGGUAAAGUCUAUAAAGCGAGGAACCGAGAGACACAUGAAAUUGUUGCACUUAAACGUGUUCGACUAGAAAAUGACGAUGAAGGUAUUCCUAGUUCAGCUUUUCGAGAAAUAUGUCUCUUAAAAGAACUUAAACAUAAAAACAUUGUCAGACUUUUUGACGUCCUGUUAAGCGAGUCAAGGCUAACAAUUGUAUUUGAAUAUUGUGAUCAGGAUUUGAAGAAAUACUUCGACAGUUGUAAUGGUGAUAUAGAUCAGAAUACUGUAAAGCUUUUCAUGUUCCAACUUCUACGUGGUCUUCAGUUUUGUCACAGUCACAACGUUUUACACCGAGACUUGAAGCCACAAAAUCUACUGAUCAAUGAUAAUGGAGAGUUAAAGUUGGCUGAUUUCGGUCUGGCUCGCGCAUACGGAAUACCCGUGCGACAAUACUCAGCAGAAGUUGUCACACUCUGGUAUCGACCACCAGAUGUUCUUCUUGGAGCUAAAUUAUACACAACCUCAAUUGAUAUGUGGUCAGCUGGUUGUAUUUUCGCUGAAAUGUCCAAUGCUGGAAGACCACUUUUUCCUGGUUAUGAUGUUGAUGAUCAAUUGCAGAGAAUUUUUAAAUUAUUAGGAACUCCCACUGAAUCAACCUGGCCAUCUGUUGUUGAAUUACCCGACUAUGAACCAUUUACUGUGAUGUAUCCUCGUACAAUGAAUUGGCAUCAAGUUGUUCCGAAAAUGUCAUUUCGUGGUCGUGAUUUAUUACAGCAACUUGUUAUUUGUAAUCCAUCUGACCGUAUAUCAGCUGAUCAAGCAUUAAAACAUUCAUAUUUUGAGAGUAUUCUGUGA